CGAAAAGAAGGGUGGUGGUGCCACAGGCUAAGCGGGUGGAAGUGCCGUCAUUCUGUUUUGAAGACAUUGAACCAGAUAAAGAAGUAGAUUCGGUUUUUCUUCUGGGCAAGAAGAAGAAGUAGAUUGAGUCUAGAAGAAACGUAAUGCGGGAAAGCGAUAUAGAUUAAAGAUGGGUUCUUUUGCUCUUCGCAUAAACGCUCUGUCUCGGAUGCGGAACUUGCUCUUCCUUCCUCACACCUUGAACCUUAGCGUUUGACGUAUGACCAUGAGCUCGAACAAUGAAGAAGAGAAAAUUGUUCCUUAAUCAGGUCAAUUGCUCUACAUAUAGGUUGUUUUUUGGAAAGAUGAAAGUGGGACCUGACUCCUGAGAAUUUCCAAGAUUGUAGAUGCUUCUUCACAUUUCUGUAUAGUGACUGAAGCUGAUCAGUCGCUAAAAUAUAGAUCUUAUUUAUGAUUUUAUCUGUAAUUAAAAUUUAAAUUCUUCUUUGAAAGUAUUAUCCAUCAUCUCCAAAGAGCUUAAAUGCUAUAAGAUGGACCCUAGAUAUGAUGGCAUCCAGCCUUCAUCUCAGUCAGUAAUGCAGGACGAUCUGGAUGGCAUGCAUACCAGUAGGGGAUCAUAUGCCCCUAAUACAUCUGAAGUUAAACCUGUACUUAAUUAUUCCAUACAGACUGGUGAGGAGUUUGCACUUGAAUUUAUGCGAGAUAGGGUGAAUUUUAGGAAGCCUGUAAUUUCCAAUGUUGGUGAUCCCAAUUCUACAACAGGUCAUAUUAGUCACGCAGGAUGUGAAAGUGGAUCAGAUAUUUCUAUGCAUGAAAUGGUUGGCAGGGAUCCAAAAGGGUAUGAUGGAAAGGAUGCAUUGUUACAUGGAGGCAGAUGCAAUUAUGGGUCAAUUCAAUCAAUGCCAAGAGCUUCAUGUAAUCGGGAAAAUGGUCGAAUUUUGCAUGGGCAUGCCUCUUGUGGAAGUUCUGAUAGCUCAUCAAUGACAAUGAAAGUCCUUUGCAGCUUUGGUGGUAGAAUAUUACCACGACCUGGUGAUGGGAAAUUAAGGUAUGUUGGAGGUGAAACACGCAUUAUCCGAAUAAGAAAGGAUAUAUUUUGGCAGGAGCUUAUGCAGAAAUCUUUGUUAAUAUAUAAUCAAACUCAUGUAAUUAAGUAUCAGCUUCCUGGAGAAGAUCUUGAUGCUUUAGUCUCUGUGUCAUCUGAUGAAGAUUUGCAGAAUAUGAUGGAGGAAUGUAAUCAUCCACAAGGUAGAGAAGGAUCACAAAAGCUUAGAAUUUUUUUAUUCUCAAUGAAUGAUUUGGAUGAUGCACAAUUUGGUCUCAGUAGUGUGGGUGAUGAUUCUGAGGUCCAGUUUGUUGUUGCUGUUAAUGGCAUGGACUUUGGUUCAAGAAACAACUCAAUUCUUCUUGGUGCGAGUUCUUCAGCAAAUGAUGUACAAGAACUGGUCAGGCAAAAUACUGAGAGGGAAGUUAAGAAAGUUCCUGUAGAAUCUAUGGGUGCCAGCAACGGUCCAUUGAUUGGGAAUUAUGACUCACCAUCAACUAUUCAGCCUUCAGAAUCAAUACCCCCAACUUCCUCAAAUGCUCAUGAAACCUAUCCUCCCUACAGAGACCAGAUGAUGCACCUUGGGGAGGCUUUUAGUCAAUAUCCUAUUCACCAUGGCCUUAAUCCUUCUCAAAACUUUACUCUCGUAGAGACUUCCAAUGCUAUGCUUUCUCAUGGGAUGAUAAAUCAACAAGGGAAUUUGAAUGAAGGUUCUUCUCCUAACGUAUUGCAAGUACUGAAUUCAGAAAUACCAGCAAUGCUGGUGAAAAAAUUGGGUGAUAGUUCAGUUCCACAAGGAAGUAACUCUGCAAAAGUUUUAUCCUCGGAAACACCAUCCCAUGUUCCCAUGCAACCAAAAGAUGAUUUCUUGAGAAGCAAUGUAAACAAAGCAACGGUUGCAGUCAACAUGCCUGAGUGGAAUCUGCCCACAUUGCUAUCAAUGAAAAAGGAGCAGCACCAGGAGCAUAAAGAGGCCCCUUCCACAUCUGGCAGUGCAUUUGGUGCUGGUAAUGUUGAUUCUCAAUCCAAUGGGAUGAUUGAUUUAAGUUGUCUUCACCCUCCUCCGAUGCCUAAAAGAGUUUACUAUUCUUAUUCUGAAAGAACUCCCAGGGAGCAAGUAGAAUUGCUGAAUCGAUCUGCUAAGUCAGAUGACACUUAUGAUUCUCAGUUUCCUGUGUCAAUUUUACUUUCUGACAUCAACUCACAGUAUUCAGUCACAGAAUCUGGUGACAACUUGCCUGAUGGAAAUCAGUAUAAUUUAACGGAGGAUUCAAGUGCCACACCAAAACCCUUGUAUGUGGAUGGCAAUGUCAUUGUUAAUGGGCUUAACGAACUACAGAUGCACAAACUGUUGCCUGAGAUGAGCAGUCAUAUGAAGUCAAAACUCUCAGAACUUGUGGAUGUGGAGUUGAAGCAGGUAUUACCAAACAAUGAAGGAAGUAAAGUGAUGGUAAAUGAGGAUCAGGUUAUUAUGUCCGAGACUGAUAGUUACUUUGAAGAUAACCACAGCAAACCUCUGGUUGAAGAGAACAAAAACUCUAAAUCAGAUUUUCCUGCUUUGGAUCAGGUUCCCAAUUUUAAGAACAAUGAUGGACUAACAUCUCAUCUUCCAGGGAUUAAUUGGGGUCAUAGUUCAGGGAAAGAAUUGAAUAAUGAUUCUGUGGUGCAAGAACUACCUGUUUCUUUGACCGGGAACAUGAGUGAAGACAUUUCUCAAGGUUUUUCAUCAAAUGCUCUUCCCAAACAAGCACAGGCUGACAUUCUUAUUGAUAUUGAUGAUCGAUUUCCUCGUGAAUUGCUUUCUGAUAUGUAUACUAAAGCAGUACUUGCGGAGGACCCAUCCAGUCUACAUCCACUGAGUAGUAUUGGAGUGGGUAUAAGCAUAAACAUGGAAAACCAUGAACCUAAGUCAUGGUCAUAUUUUGGGAAGUUGGCACAAGAGCUAGAUAACAGCUCUCUUAUUGACCAGGAUCCUCUUGGUUUUUCACCUGAAUCUGGAAAUGUAGGUGGUGAUAAAACUCACCUUGUCACACCUCUAACAGCUGAUGAAGCAUCUAUAGACCAUGCAGAUUUGCAUCUCAAUUUUGAUGGAGAAAGUCAAAAGGGUUUUCAUGGAAUGAUUGGAACAGAACCCACUUUUCUGCGGUCUAAUUAUGAUCAUUCCCAUGUGAAGGAGACAGAAAGUAUGCAGUUUGAUGCUACAGUGAACUCAAGAGCUCAAGAGUCAGACUAUGAGGAUGGGAAGUUUGAAACAAGAAAUAGCGAUCUACCUUCACUUGAUCGUUCUCUGGGAGGUUUUGAUAUUAGUACCUUACACUUACAGGUCAUAAAUAAUGAAGAUCUUGAAGAACUGAAGGAAUUGGGUUCUGGAACCUUUGGAACUGUGUAUCAUGGAAAAUGGCGAGGAACCGAUGUUGCCAUUAAAAGAAUAAAGAAAAUCUGUUUCACUGGUAGAUCAUCUGAGCAAGAGAGACUGACUGUAGAAUUCUGGCGGGAAGCUGACAUUCUUUCCAAGCUUCAUCAUCCAAAUGUUCUGGCAUUUUAUGGUGUAGUCCAGGAUGGACCAGGAGGAACGAUGGCUACUGUGACAGAGUACAUGGUAGAUGGUUCUCUUAGACAUGUAUUACUUCGCAAGGAUAGGUAUCUAGAUCGUCGCAAGAGGCUUAUAAUUGCCAUGGAUGCAGCUUUUGGUAUGGAGUAUUUGCACUCAAAAAAUAUUGUGCAUUUUGACUUGAAAUGUGACAAUUUGCUUGUGAACUUGAAAGACCCUGUGAGGCCAAUAUGCAAGGUUGGUGAUUUUGGCUUGUCAAAAAUUAAACGAAAUACAUUGGUUUCUGGCGGUGUGCGGGGGACCCUUCCCUGGAUGGCUCCAGAGCUGCUGAAUGGCAGUAGCAACAAAGUCUCAGAAAAGGUUGAUGUGUUCUCCUUUGGCAUAGUAUUAUGGGAGAUUUUGACCGGUGAGGAGCCAUAUGCCAAUAUGCACUAUGGUGCAAUCAUAGGUGGGAUUGUAAAUAACACAUUGAGGCCAACAAUACCAAGUUCUUGUGAUGCUGAAUGGAGGACACUGAUGGAGCAAUGUUGGGCACCCAACCCUGCAACCAGGCCAUCCUUCACUGAAAUAGCCUGUCGCUUAAGGUUCAUGUCUGCUUCUGCUUCCCAAACCAAAUCACAGCCUCACAAGCCAACCAAAUGAGGUGAUCAUUGGACGAUGAUACUGAUACUGUAUGAGAUCUUCUCUACUCUCAGAUUUUGAUGCAUUUGGUUAUACUUCAAGGAUGUAUGAUGUUAUAUUAGAGGUGGUGGCUAGCCAAAUACUAUUAGCUGAUCAAAUUUUUUCUUGUAUAUUAACUUUCCUCAAAGAAGCUCAGUUUUGCUUCUUGACUGGUUUAUUAUUUUUUCCUUCAGAAGCCUUAAUGAACGCCCUUUCUUCCCUUUUCUA